CGCAGCUAACCGGAAGUCCAAUGAUGAGGACUCUCUGAGGAGCAGGAAUUGGCCAAAAGCAAGAAGUCCAAACACAGUUUCUAACUCGUAACACCCCUCCUGAGAAAGGAACAGGCUGUUUCCACCCGUGUUGGACCACAAGUCAGAGGCAGAAAUGUCUUCAGCCGUGGAUCUCAAGACCAAAGAGGAGAAGGACGCCGAGUUGGACAAACGAAUCGAAGCCCUGAGGAAGAAGAAUGAGGCUCUAGUCAAGAGGUAUCAGGAAAUAGAAGAAGACAAGAAGAAAGCCGAGCAGGAGGGCAUCGCGAUCACAACGCCCCGUAAGCCCCGCCCCCACGAGCCGGAGCCGGACCGGUGGAGGACGGAGAAGGAAAACUUCACCGUCACAGUCGACCUCUCCAAGCCUGUGGGGGACAAGAGAGUCGUGAAUGACUGGAAACCCGGAACACCUCGAGGUCGGCGGACGCCCGAGGACAGCGACGCCCACAGAGGCCCUGGCGACGCCCACCGAGGUCCUGGCGACGCCCACAGAGGCCCUGGCGACGCCCACAGAGGCCCUGGCGACGCCCACCGAGGCCCCGGCGACGCCCAUAGGGGCCCCGGCGACGCCCACAGAGGCCCUGGCGACGCCCAUAGAGGCCCUGGCGACGCCCACAGAGACCCCGGCGACGCCCACAGAGGGCCUAGCGAUGGACACAGCCCCCCCCGGAGGACGGGGUCGGGCCGAGUGGGCCGUGGAGGUCAAAGGGGAGGGGGGGGGGGCGGGGGAGGGGGGGGGGGGGGGCGGGGGGAGCGGGGGGGGGAGGUCCAGGUGGGGGGGGCGGGGGGGGGCGGGGUCGGGGGGGGGGACUCUCUUUCUGAGGGCAUCCGUGUCUUUUUUAAGCACCCCCAAAAAAAGCUGUCUGAAAAUCCAUUGUGUGUCCGACAGGAAUGGGAGGAGAAGCGGCGGCAGAACAUCGAGAAGAUGAACGAAGAAAUGGAGAAAAUAGCGGAGUAUGAGAGAGGACAGCGGGCGGACGGAGACAAGCCGAUCCGUAACUUCCUGGACGACCCGCGGCGCUCGGGCCCGGCGCCGGACACGGACCGGAAGGAGGGCAGCCGCAGGCACGUGCGGAACUGGGGCGGGCUGGACUUCGACAACGUGAAGACGGGGCCGGAGCUGGAGCGGGAGCGGGAGUGGACCGUGAGUGUGGGCGCGCCGCCGGCCGCGGGCUGCCAGCGCCGGCCCCAAAGCCGUGACGCCAUGCUGUCCGCCCAGAGCCGGCGGCCCGGUCCCAAGGGCUCGGUGGACAUGACCAUGUCCAUGACGGGCCGGGAGAGGGCGGAGUACCUGCGCUGGAAGAAGGAGCGGGAGCAGAUCGACGAGGAGCGGCUGGCACGCCACCGCAACGCCACGGGCCAGUGGAGGCGGGAGUGGGACGCCCAGAAGACGGACGGCAUGUUUAAAGAGGAGUCGAAUGUGGCUCCAGAAGGGACGACCAAGCGGCCUCCCAAAACGCCCACCUUUGGGCAGGAGCCAGGGCCCCCGGGGGGAGCGCAGAGGAGGGAAGGGCAGGGGCCAGAGGCAGAGCUACAGGCUGAGGAGAAGAACGGAGAUGGAGACGAUGAGGACGAGUGGGAGGACGCCAGUGAGGGCGAGGAGGAGCCCGAGGCGGCGGGGGGGCGGAGCGAGCCGGAGCCCGACUCCCCGAGAGACGGGAAGAAGGAGAAACGGGCCAAGGCCGGCUCGCCCACGUCCCCCAAAGCCAGACCCCCUCCGACGGCAGCGGCCAGCCCCAAAGGCCAGCGGACGCCCAGGCCCAAGGUCCACAUCCCCCCCCCGGCAGCCAAUCAGGAGGCCCCCGAGGGCGGCAAGCCCCUCAGCCCCUUCCUGCCGCUGGACAGCCACCGGCCGGUGUCCGACUGGGGGGAGGAGAUGGAGAUGCUGUCGCCCCGCAGCAGCAUGGGGGGGGAGAGCCCUCUGAAGCCCCCCAGCACCGAGUCCAGCCCCCCCCAGAACAAGGACAAGGAGGGGGGGCAGGAGAGGGAGGACAGCCGGACCACCAGCCCCAUCACAGCCACUGAGCCAGAGAGGGAGGAGCCAACAGGUGGUCCCCGUUUC